CACGUGACUGUUUUCAUUUGUUAUUAUCAAUGCGGAAAUUCUGCUUAAUAUAUCAAAUCUUCUUUCACAAAUUUUCUCAAACUUACAUUUACUCAUUCACAAGAAGGUUGGGUGAUCCAUCAGUUUUCAAAAUGAUCAGUAACCGUCAUAUAUGUAUUGCCAUGUUCUGUGUUGGUUUGGCAUUUGCCGAAAUAUGUUCACCAGACGAUAAUGUGUAUUACAACCCCCAGCUAGGAAUGUGUGCAAAAUGUGACAGCUGUCUACGUGGACUAGGAAAGGACACUAUAAAAGUUAAUGAAAAAAUAAAAUGGGACCAAGUACACGGAGCACUCACAUGUACACCAUGUAUUCUUUGUACUAAUGGAUACUAUAAUGACCGGCGGGAUUUUGACUGCAAACCAUGUAAUAACUGUUCCCAACAGAGUCGAUACGAAAUCGAACAAUGCACAUCAAUAUCGGAUGUAAAAUGUGGUUCUUUCAUCAGGACUGAACAUCCAGUAACAGGCAGUCUACAAGCAAAUCCAACGUCCCUUAAAAUAAAAGAAUUCCAUAUUUUGAUAACCCUAGUUGUAACUACGGUUGGUUCAUGUUUGGUCAUAGCAUCAAUUUUGUUAUGCUUUAUUUACCAACGAAGAAGGUACAAUUCAAAAGACAGAAAUUGUACCAUGAACAAUAACAUAGAGUGUAAUGAUUCCAUGCAAAGGGUACCACUGGUUGUUGUUGAUAACAGAUCAAGUACAGCACCAUCAAACACGGACGAAGACCGCGCAUAUGACGUACCUAAAAAACAGAGCACAAUUAUCAAUAUUCCUUCCUCCAGUAACACAAUUUCACAACAGAUGUCACCAGGGAGUGAAACAACACCAAAGGUCGUUGCAUCAAACAACGAUCAAAAUAGCGAAUUUCAAUGUAACUCAGAAGUAUCAUCAAAUCAUCCAUAUUCAUCAAUAAAGGAAAUAAAUUCAAACAAAUUAACAAACAAUUGUGGUAAAAUACACAGUCCAUUAUUAUGCUGUGCGGCCAUAUUGGAUUCGUCCAUAGAUGAUGUUAGUAAAAGUUCAUUGAGCACUGGAGGUUCACCGUUGGUGUUAGACACUUUCUUGAAUGAAAGAAAUGACAAAUCAGUAUACCCAGAAACUUGUAUGCUUAAAAGAUCUAAUUGUAGCAUUUUAUCAAACGGGUCUAUGUUUUACCACGAUAAAGAGUGUAGUCCAUCUUACUUCUACAAGUGCUACGAUUGUUCAAAUCACUAAAAUCGUGUUGAUAAUGUUGUUUGAAUCUAAUAAUUUAUAUGUAACAGUAGUAUCAAACAGAAGUAGUAAUAGUAUGAGUAGUAGUAAUAGUAGAAGUAGUAAUAGUAUGAGUAGUAGUAAUAGUAGAAGUAGUAAUAGUAUGAGUAGUAGUAAUAGUAGAAGUAGUAAUAGUAUGAGUAGUAGUAAUAGUAGAAGUAGUAAUAUAUUGACCUGAUUUGUGUAUAACAUGUGUUCAUAUUUCGAAUAAAAAUAUAUGUAUUAAUGACACUGCAUAGUGAUAAAAAAGGCGUGAUGUAUAAAAAUACGUCUGCAUUUCUUUUUUGUUUUAUUAUUAAAUAUGAUGAUGUAU